GAGUCCGAGAUCGCCGAGACGUUCUGUCCCCUUUCGGCUGCCUUCGGCUUCCUCUUUAGCCCCAUCCUCCCUCGCGGGCCGCUUGGCUCAUUGGACUGGCUUCCCCUGCCCGCCAUAUUGUCGCCGCCGGAGCUGCUGCCGGAGGGAGGGAGGGAAGGAAGGCAGGAGCGCGCGUGCGGGAAAGGGACUCGCAGUCAUGGAAACCAUGGCGAGCCCAGCAAAAGAGAACAACUACCGAAUGAAGAGCUACAAAAACAAGGCUCUGAAUCCUGAGGAGAUGCGCCGGAGGAGAGAGGAGGAAGGGAUUCAGCUGCGCAAACAGAAGCGAGAGCAGCAGCUCUUUAAACGAAGAAAUGUGGAACUAAUUGGUGAGGAUUCCACCAUGUUUGACAGUCCCUUGGCUGAUUCAUUUGUUAGCUCCACUACAGCUGGGGAGGGAGUCAUCACAAGAGAGAUGGUGGAAACACUGUUCUCAGAAGACCCUGACCUUCAGCUAGUAACUACCCAGAGGUUCAGGAAACUACUUUCAAAAGAGCCAAAUCCUCCAAUUGAUGAAGUGAUAAGCUCUCAGGGAGUAGUGGACAGGUUUGUCGAAUUCCUCAAGAGAAGUGACAACAGCACAUUACAGUUUGAAGCUGCGUGGGCACUAACAAACAUUGCCUCUGGCACCUCUCUACAAACCAAAAUAGUAAUUGAGGCUGGGGCCGUUCCAAUCUUCAUUGAUCUGUUGAGCUCUGAUUUUGAAGAUGUCCAAGAACAGGCUGUUUGGGCGCUAGGGAACAUCGCUGGAGACAGUUCUGCUUGCCGUGAUUACGUCCUCAACUGUAGCAUCCUUCCUCCUUUGUUGUUGCUCCUCACAAAAUCUACCCGGUUGACAAUGACACGGAAUGCUGUUUGGGCUUUGUCAAACUUAUGCAGAGGAAAAAACCCACCCCCUGAAUUUGAAAAGGUGUCAUCCUGUUUGCCCGUAUUGUCACGCUUACUCUUCAGCAGCGACUCAGACUUACUGGCAGAUGCAUGCUGGGCACUCUCCUACCUAUCAGAUGGCCCUAAUGAAAAAAUCCAGGCUGUUAUAGACUCUGGGGUGUGUCGGCGACUGGUGGAGUUGCUAAUGCACAGUGAUUACAAGGUGGCUUCUCCAGCUCUGCGAGCUGUUGGCAAUAUUGUGACAGGGGAUGACAUCCAGACUCAGGUGAUUCUGAAUUGCUCAGCUCUGCCUUGCCUCCUCCAUCUACUCAGCAGCCCCAAAGAGUCUAUUCGGAAAGAAGCUUGCUGGACAAUCUCCAAUGUUACAGCAGGGAACAGGGCUCAAAUACAGGCUGUCAUAGAUGCCAACAUUUUCCCAGUGCUGAUUGAGAUACUACAGAAGGCUGAGUUCCGGACGCGAAAAGAGGCUGCAUGGGCAAUCACAAAUGCUACAUCUGGAGGAACCCCCGAGCAGAUCAAGUAUUUGGUAAAUCUGGGCUGCAUCAAACCACUCUGUGACCUCCUUACAGUCAUGGACUCCAAGAUUGUUCAGGUGGCUCUCAAUGGCCUGGAGAACAUUUUGCGACUGGGUGAGCAAGAGGCCAAGCAGAGCAGCAAUGGCAUCAACCCUUAUUGUAGCCUCAUCGAGGAAGCAUAUGGCUUGGAUAAAAUAGAGUUCCUCCAGAGCCAUGAAAACCAAGAGAUCUACCAGAAGGCCUUUGACCUGAUUGAGCACUAUUUUGGUAUUGAGGACGAUGACUCCAGUUUGGCUCCCCAGGUAGAUGAGAACCAGCAGCAGUUCAUCUUCCAGCAGCCAGAGGCCCCCAUGGAAGGCUUCCAGCUAUAACAUGUACUGAGCAUGUUUUUUUGGGAAACACCAUAACUUUGUUGGGAAGUUAACCACAGAGAGCCUUCCGUCUCCCAGCCCCUGUUCUCUUGUCUGCUGAGUGCAAGGCUGCAAAGUGCCCACUCCACCGGUUACAAACAGCUUUCUUUUUCACCAACACCUGGCAGUAGUGCUUUGCUCUCAUGAGGAGGAAGAGAGAUUCUUACACACACACAGUACAUACAUGUCUUUUUUCUUUUGUUGCUCCAAAGUGUGUCAAAAGCAGGGGGCUGAGGUGGAUGAAAGAAGAGGUGUAAAUUUGCAUUACGCCUUCUAGAACGUGUGUUUUCCCCCCCUCUCCUUUUCUGUGGUGGCUUUUCCUCUUAACAUUGUGACUCUUCACUUGGGUACUUGAGAGAUGACACUUUUCAGUGGGAGAAGGCAAAAUGACACACACUGGAGCUGAGGAGUCUAACCCUGGAUGCGUGGGCUCAGUUAUUUAAAAAUACUUUUUUGCACAUGUUAAUUUUUAUUAAAGACUCUCCUUAAUCUGCCAAAAGCACCGCUUUGGCCCUCACUUCUUUUUUUUUUUAAAUCCUCUUGCCAAACAGCACCUUCCAAGGGAUGUGGGUCUGGUUGCAGCCACAAUCUUCUUCCUCCUGUCCCACUGUUAAAAACAUCCCUCUUGACAAAUACAGGAAAAGUUGGACAACUCCCAUCAUACCCUACCAUGUGUUCACAAGACUUUAUCCUUGGUGGGGGAAAAAUUUUUGAACUGUUCAAAGGAGUUAGUCCUGCCCCCUUCAGCCCCUAAAGGUCCGGUAUGAGUGGGAGGCACGUGAUAAAAGGACUUGAAGCACAGCUGCCAUGGAAGUGGGCUUCACUUACAUUUGCUACUGACUGAAGUGUUGAAAACUGGUGGAAGUAACCCCAUCUUGCAUCUUUACUUGAAGAAAAAAAAUUCAAAACUUAUGGAAGUUUUUCUUUUGUUCAUGUCACUACUCCUUCCCAUACCCUUGGACAGUUGCAAUGGGGACAGACACAUUUUUUUCUUGGAGAGAGUGAUAUUAGCUGCAUUCAGUGGCAUGAUUUACUCUGUUAAUGCAAAUAGCCAAGUGGCCUGUUUCUCUCAGAAUUACCUCCUGCUCACAACUGUAUCGUGUGCAUUUUACUUCAAAAUGAAGAAGUCAAAAGUUCUGUAUUUUUUAUAUAUUAUAUAUACACAUAGAUAUUUGUCUAAUUUGGUCUUCAGAAGUGGGGGGAGUUACAAAAUCCUUGUAAGAGAGAAACGGGAUACUAUGUGGCAGGCCUGCCCAGAAACAUGGCUGUGCUUCUCAUUUAUGUACUGUAUGAGCCACCUGCUUGGUCAAACCCUUGUUAAUGGGCAGAGCUUAUUUGGAUAAGGCUGGAUGUUAGCCUUAUCAGGCAAUCCAUAAAUUUAUUUCUGGGGUAGGGGAGGGGACCCCUUCAAGUGUCUUAAUAGAAGCUUACUGUAUGCACAUAUUCCCCUUCUUGCUCUCCAAGGUCUGAAUUCAGGGUUCCCACAGCCUUCAAGAACAGACAUUCAAGCAGAUGAGAAAUUGGAGGUGAAACCUUUGGCUGUAUUUUGUAACAGAGAUUUGCUCUUCAUUGUUUAGAAAAAAUGCCAAGGAAAUUAAUAAACUACAUCUUGUGCAUUCAAUGACUGCAAGCCA